AUGGAACACUUGGACAAAACACUAUCACUACGACAUCGACUAAAGCAUUUCACCUGGGCAUGGUUCGCAUUACCGAUGAGCACUGGAAGCAUAGCCCUACUUCUGCAUACCACGCCUCACCAGUUCACCGGGUUGAUUACCAUCGGCAAAAUCGUCUAUAUUCUCGACAUUGUCAUCUUCGUCUUGCUAUGCGCAGGCAUCUCUAUCAGAUUCUGGACGAAUCCAGGCGUCUUGAAGAAGUCGCUGGUGCAUCCAACCGAAUCGCCGUUCCUUGCGACAUUCUUCGUAGCAUUAGUCUACAUUCUCAACGGCAUGCAGAUUUACGGUGUACCUGCAACAGGGGACUGGUCCAUCACGGUCAUGCGUGUGUUGUUCUGGAUCUACCUCACCAUGAGUUUCAGCAUCGCGGUAUUGCAGUACUUCCACCUUUUCGCUGCAAAGCCAUCACGCUUGACGAUACAAAGCAUGACCGCCGGUUGGAUCUUGCCAGUCUAUCCCGUCAUGCUGUGCGGAACACUGGCUAGUCUUGUUGCACCGGAUCAGCCCACAACCUACAAGCUUCCCAUCGUCGUGGCAGGUGUCACCGCGCAAGGCCUGGGGUGGACAGUAAGCUUCAUGGUAUACACCAUGUAUUUACAACGCAUCUUACAAUUCGGUCUGCCUGCACCGAAUCUUCGCCCUGGUAUGUUCAUCGCAGUAGGACCACCCUCGAUGACUGGUCUUGCUUUGGUCGGCAUGAGCCAGUCGCUUCCGGCACAUAGCGAAUACUUCUCAGAGAGACCUGGCAUGAUCAUGAUCUUGCAGACUGUCGCAGAUUUCCUUGCAAUCUUCUUGUGGUCGUACAGCUUCUGGAUCUUCUGCGUUAGUGCUUUGGCCGUGUUGCACGGUGCAAGAAAAAUGACGUUUUGUCUAGCUUGGUGGACAUUCGUUUUCCCGAAUGUGAGCUUCACGACCGCUACGGUUAUGAUUGGAAGGCAGCUCGCAAGCGAAGGCAUCCUAUGGGUUGCAAGCGCAAUGACCAUUGCGUUGGUCGUGACGUGGCUCUUUGUGCUCACCAUGCAUGUAAGAGCAGUGUUUCAAAAAGCAAUCAUGAUGCCCGGCAUAGACGAGGACAAAGACGCACAUGUUGAGAGCGACCGCAAGAUCCGACGUCGAUUGGUCAAUGGUCGAGGCUCAAGCCAGCGACAAAGCACUGGCUCCCACGUCGGAAGAGCGUAA